AGCAACAUGGGACACUGGUAUCGUGAAGCUGGACUGUCGUUAUUGCUUCUUGCACUGGUAAACGGUCAAUGUCACUUCACUUUGGAUGAGACCAAAUCUUCUAAGUUUGGCUUUCUAACCUAUCGCGAGGCUGCCGGCGCUGAUCACAUGCAACGCCAAGGAGUCGUUCCCAAUGGUGCUACAAUCUACAUGAACUGUCACGAUCCCAAGAAACCAAAAACCGGUGUUGUAAAGGAUGUAGUCUGCAACAAUAACCAAUUUCAGAAACCACUACCACUAUGCGAACAUAUGAAGUCCUCUGAGGUCAGAGAGGUUAACGAUAAUUCCUGUCCAGCCACCAUGUUUGCUACUGGAGUUGAGAUCAGAGGCCAAUUUGUGGAGCUUUUCAGAUCCUGUUACGACAAAUCGAAUCUGCGCGCUCUCUUCUCCAAAAACAUUGUUUAUAAGAAUACUUUCUUUGGACCAAAUCCAAAUCUUAGCUUCGACUGCGGUAAAGUCGUACCGACGAGGGACAUGGAGGCAUAUAAAAAGGAAAAGGUCUAUGAUACCUUCUUCAAUAUCUAUGGCAGCAAUCGCUAUAUAGCCGACGCCAAAACCAUCGCUAUUUCCCGGGGUCACUUGUCAUGUGCAACUGAAUAUCUGUACCGCAAUCUGAAGUGCGCAUCUUUCAAGUAUGUGAACGUUGUUCCACAGUUCCAGAGCAUUAACGGUGGCAAUUGGAAGAAUAUUGAGAAGUGGGUUAACAGUCAAGUACCAGUCAAUUCGUAUCUUCGCAUAGAAACCGGUGGAAUAGGAGUGCUAAAGCUACCAGAUGUGGAAGGGAAUUUAAAACCAGCUUUCCUACUCGGGGGCAACCAAAUACCAGUGCCAGAAUGGACCUACAAACUGAUCAAAGACGCAAGAAAUCAACCAAUUCAUGCGAUUCUAACCUCUAACAACAAAUACGGUGAGAAGAUACCUGCUCCAGCGUUUUGCACACAGAUAAGAUGUCCUGGUUUCGAUUACACCGAUGCAUCCGAUCAAGGAUACACAUAUUGUUGCGAUGCACGUACAUUUAAUCCACCGCGCGAGCUAAUCCCACCUACAGUCUCUAAAACACCAUCACGUCCUAAUUCCCGAACUCGGCCGGGUGGAGCUCACUGAAAAGCAAUAAUCUGUAUAAAUAUGUAUUAUAAACUAAUAACCAUAAUUAAUGCAAAGCAUUGUUAGGCUACAAUCAAUUCAAUUGUGAAUCCAAUUUUAAAAUUUCACACAA